CUUUUUCACUGACUGAGUGAAGUUACAGAACAUCAGCAAACACAAACAUGCAGCAGAUUGUUCAGGUCAGUGUGGUUCUGCUGAACGUUGUCUGGAUUCUCUUAUUUUUAACUCUGGAUCCAGAUUUCUCAGUGUUUGUUCAGAGGAGAAGCAGCAGCUCUGAUGAGGAGAUGUUUAUGAGGGAGUUUUGCCUUCAGCCUAGCUCUGAUAGAAACUGGACAUCUAUAAUACCUUCAGUUGAAGAAAUCAACAACAUCACAGAACUCCCCUUGAAUGACAGGAGGAAAAUACCACACAAUGAAGAAUCUAACUCAGGUGACAAGUUUCCCACAUGUUCUCCACCUCAGCACAGUCCUGAUCAAAUGACAUCAUCAGACCCAUUAAGCAGAAAAUCCACCUCUGAUCUCUCAGACCUGAACAAGAACAUACUGAACCAACCCAAUCAGCAGGAAAUCAACCUGAGCCCUGUCAUACCUGGACCAGCAAGUGCAACCUUUCUUGAUGUCUGCUGCUUUAAAUUGUUCCGAAAACCCAUAAACAAAAAUGUCUUCACUUCAUAUUACUUGACUGGUCCCCCCCGCUGUCUCUUGACUGCAGCUAUUUUAAAAACAAAAAGGUCAUACCACAUCUGCGUGGAUCCAAAUCAACCCUGGGUGAAGAGGAUUCUUAAUCUUCUGGUGAAAAGAUCCUUUUAAAGGAGGCUCCUGACCAGUUUGAUCCAGUCUCCAGUUCCUGGCUACUUCUGAACCAAGUAUGCCCCUGACUUCUGGAUUGAAGUAUUUUGUUUUUUUCUGGAUAAGUCUUCUGGAUUCAAGUUUCCUGUCCGGACUACCUUCUGGCUGACAGCUUCCAGGCUCAACGACGAACCGGCUCAAGUCAUCAGCAAACCCUGUUCACCCCCCAAUGUGCUCUGAGGCAAGCUUCUUCACCAGUUCUCCUCUCCAUCACCCAGCCCUUCAUGGAUGCUGAAGAAACCAAGCUUCCUAGAAACUUCUUUGUGCCUCAAAGCCCAAUUCUCCUGGAUAAACUUAUCUCACCAAAGCCACUCCUGUGCAGAGCUCCCAGACUCCACAUCUCCAUUCCCCCUGGUGGUUCACUUUCUCAUUCCUGUAAGAAAGAAUCUAGCAAAACAAUAAUCACUUACCUUAUUAUUCUAAACUCACCUGUUUCCCUUUUCUCUGUGCUGUUGGCGGGUUCCCGAUUCCGGAUCUUAGAAUUAUUCCCCUGUGUAAAAUAAACAUCUUAAAUCUC